AUGGCGGCGGCCGCGCCCAGGGAGCCGCCUCAGGGAAAUGUGACUUUUGAGGACGUGGCCCUGUAUUUCUCCUGGGAGGAAUGGGAUCUCCUAGAUGAGGAUCAGAGAUGCCUGUACCAUGAUGUGAUGCUGGAGAACUUUGCACUCACAUCCUCACUAGGUUGUUGGCAUGGAGUGGAGGAUGAGGAUGAGCCUUCUGAAGAGAGCAUUUCUAUAGGAGUGUCACAGAUUGGGACUCUCAAGGCAGAUUCAUCUUCCCAGAAGACCCAGCCCUUUGAACUGCAUGGCCCAAUCUUGAGAAACAUUUUGUACUUGGCUGACCACCAGGAAACAUAUCUUGGGGAAGAACCAUAUACAUGUAGGAAACAAUUCUGUUUAACUGCCAAUCUUCAACAGUACCAGGGGCAGCACACUAGAGAGAUACCCUUCAGAAGUUAUGUGGACAGAGCCUCAUUUAUAAAGAACUGUACAGUCCACGUGUCAGGGAAGCCCUUUACUUCGGCACGGAAGGACUUCUUAGCCAGCGUGGGAUUUCUCCAACAACAGGUCACUCACACUGGGAAGAAGCUGAACAAUGAGUGUGAGGCUGUCUUUCACAGUGGAAGAAGUCAUCACAACUGUGGAGAAUGCAAGAAAGCCUUCAGCUACACAGACACACUUGCUCAGGACCAGAGAGUUGUCACUAGAGAAGGAAUUUAUGAAUGUGGCAAAUGUGGAAAAGCCUGUACCCGAAGAUGUAACCUCAUUCAGCACCAGAAAGUCCACACUGGAGAAAGACCUUACGAAUGCAGUGAAUGUGGAAAAUUCUUCACCUAUUACUCCAGUUUCAUUAUACAUCGGAGAGUUCACACUGGAGAAAGGCCCUAUGAGUGCAAUGAAUGUGGGAAAUCCUUUAGCCAAAGCUACAGCCUCAAUAGCCAUAGGAAAGUUCACACUGGAGAGAAGCCUUAUGAGUGCAGGGAAUGUGGAAAAUCUUUCAGUCAAAGGUCCAACCUCAUUCAACAUCAGAGAGUUCACACUGGAGAAAGGCCUUAUGAGUGCCCUGAAUGUGGGAAGUCCUUUAGCCAAAACUUCAGUCUCAUUUACCACAGGAGAGUUCACACAGGAGAAAGGCCUCAUCAGUGCAGUGAAUGUGGGAAAUCCUUCAGCCGAAGCUCCAGCCUCAUUCACCACAGGAGACUUCACACUGGAGAAAGGCCUUAUGAGUGCAGUAAAUGUGGGAAAUCCUUUAAGCAAAGCUCCAGCUUCAGUUCACAUCGGAAAGUCCACACAGGAGAAAGGCCUUAUGAGUGUGGGGAAUGUGGAAAAUCCUUUAGCCAUAGCUCCAACCUCAAGAACCACUGGAGAGUUCACACUGGAGAAAGGCCUAUUGAGUGCAGUGAGUGUGGAAAGUCCUUUAGCUGCAAAUCUAACCUCGUUAAACACCUGAGAGUUCACACUGGAGAAAGGCCUUAUGAGUGUGGGGAAUGUGGAAAAUCCUUUAGCCAAAGCUCCAGCCUCAUUCAACACCGGAGAGUUCACACUGGAAAGAGGCCUACUGAGUGCAGAGAAUGUGGGAAAUCCUUUAUCUCCAAAUCUGACCUCAUUCAACACCAGAGACUUCAUACUAGAGAAAGGCCUUAG